AUGCCAGCCAAACCAACAGGUAUCGGGUCGCUCGACGAGCUGCUCUCCGGCGGUCUCGUCGGAUCCACGCUCCUCCUGCACUCCGACCCGCACACGCAGUGGGGCCGUUUGGUCGCGCGGCACGUGCUCUCGAAGGGUCUACUUGCCCGCGAGUCCGUCGUGCUGAUCGCCGACGACUAUUCAGACUGGACGCGCUCCUUGCCCUGGGUCGAGGAAUCGUCUUUGCAGACUCCGGGAAGAAAGACGGGGGACGAGAGCGAGUCCGAGGGCGAGCUGGACGGCAACGAAAGGCAAGGGGAUUCGCGGAUUGCGUGGCGGUACGAGAAUCUGCCCAAAUUCAAGACGACGAGCGGGCAGACGUCCCUCUCCACUGCUAUCUCGAUGCCCCCCGACACACAGAGGGGAUAUGAGAAGGCUGGCGCGCUGCAAUACCUCGAUCCGGCGCCUUAUGUCGGCAAGGGCGUCGAGGGCCUUCUGAGGAAGAUUGAGGAGAUGGCGCCGGCUCGUUUGAUUCUGGAGAUGGGCGACUGGAGCUUAGGUCUGACGGGGGACGAGAUCCGCCGUCUCCUCCUGGGCCUGAAGACGCUGAGUCGCGGCCGGGUUUCGUUGACAGUCAUGCCAACGACGCCGCCGAUGCCGCCGAUGUCCACCGCCUCGACCUCGUCAGCAAGCUACUCCUCAUACACCCCCGACGCCUCUUCCGAAUCCUCCUGGCUCGCCAGUCUGCCGGGACUCACAGACGCCACCCUCCUCCUCGAAGGCUUCGGGACGGACCCGACCCUCCUCCAGGCCUAUCACCCACUGCACGGCUUCCUCCGCCCCAUCCUCCUCCCCGCGGUCGGAUCCCUGCUCGCACCGAGUUAUCGCAAGUCGGAGCUCCUAGGCUUGCAGGCGGGCGAGAACAAUCUCGGCUUCAGGCUCAAGCGCAAGCGCUUCGUGGUCGAGACGGUGCACCUUGGCAUUGAGGGGGGGAGUAAUGAGCGCCGCACAGGGCCGGUGGAGAAGAGGGUCGUGGCGACGGAGGAGAUUGGCCCGGGCCCCAGUCUCGCAGAGACUGAAGGGAUCGAGGGAACCGAGGGCACCGAGGGGUCCUCGAGGACGGAGGGGAUCGAGCGGGCCGUCGCCGAAGCGCCCGUGGAGAUCUCGGGCGGUAUCGACAGCCCACGACGGGCUGGCACCGAGGGAGAAGGAGACGGAGUGGGCAAGAGCGCCCUCGCUGGAGCGCCCGGGGCUAAGGCGAAGAAGAAGAAGGUCUCGGUGCGGUUUGGAGGCGACGAUAACGAACCGCCCGUUAAACACAGACAUACCCCGCGGGUCGAGAUUCGGCAUGAUAAGCCCGAGUUGUUCGAGUUCUGA